AAUGAACUGAUUCAUAUAAAUACAAAUAUAGUUGUAAUAAAAUUUAAAUUUAAAUUAUCAAUGGUGAAUGUUUUUGAACAGUCUCCAUUUUUGGAGUCAAGUCUUUUGCCAUAAACAAUGGACAAUGAUGAGGAUGUUUAUGUUUAUCAAUUAAAAGAGCUUUUUGAGAGCUGUGAUCUUCAGUCAAAAGGCUACUUAAAUCGAAACGAACUCAUUGAUCUUGCUCAAAAACUCCAGUUAAAUGAUCAAAUUCCAGCUCUUCUUGUAGAAGUUCUUGGUGAUGCUUUUAAUGAAGGAGAAGUUUCUUUUGAAAAAUUUCGUGAUGGGUUUGUAAAUGUACUAGCUCAAGGAAUUAAUGUAUACAAUGAUUUGACAGAAGACGAAUGUUCUGAGCUAGAAGCUGGUGACUCUGAAAGAGAAAUUUCAUUCCAGGAAAAUAAUAAAUCUUUAAAAAAUGAAAAACCGUUGAAGUUUCAAGACUCAAAUGUUUUUUCCCAAAAAAAAAAUAAUGUUCAGGAUAAAGUUUCUCCGAGAAAUGCAAAGCCACGCAAAACAAGCACCCCAUUUCGUGACGGAAAAAAGAAUAGUGUUUCAGGACUUUCAGCAAAGACAUUGGUAUUUCCUAUAAUAAAUGAUGAUGAUCAGUACAGGAAAAGUGAAACAUCAAUUGAUAUUGAAGCCAUUCUUGGCAGUGAUGUUGAUUUAAAUGCUGAAGAAUUGUGGAGAAUUUGGCAAGAUGUUGCUGUUGGAGAGUCUGGCUACAUAAACUUACACCAACUUUCUACUGUAUGUGAUAGUAUCGGAAUGGAAGGGCUUGAUAAUAAUGAACUAGAAUUAUUAUUUGCUGAACUUGAUGUUAAUGGAGAUGGCUUAGUUAGUUUUAAUGAGUUUUUAAGUGGAUUGCUUGUAUCUAAAAGCAAUUGUAAUUCUCAUCGUUCCCCUAUUUCAUCAAGAUCACAAUCAUUUUCAUUAACGCCAAAGUCUAACCAUGGUCUCUCUAAAAGAGACUCUGAAAGCAAAAUAUCUGUUUUAUCUGAAAGAAAUGUGGAGAUUUUGAGUACGUCCCCGAAUAUUGAUAAAGAAGAAGAAUUUUUAUUUAAAUCUGUCUCUAAAAAAAAGAACCAAUGGUUAAACCAAGAAAAGGAAGUUCAAAAGUAUCAGGACUUUGCUCUGCUUUUUGAUCCUGAGGACACUGGCUUUGUAAAUUUCAUAGAUGUAAAGAAUUAUCUGAUUAAGAAUAAUAUAAAAGAUGUCAGUAAUAUGAUGAAGGAACUUUCUCCUGAUACUAAUGGUAAAAUCCGCAUUAAAAAGGUGUUAGGAUUAUUCGAAUCUCUGGUAUUUGAACGAGAUGACGACCUCACUAAUUCUUUGCUGCAAAUUUACAGAAGAAAAAUUAAAAACUUGCAAGGACAAUUGGAUGCUUCAAGCGCAGAUCUUGGCGUGCUUAAAGACCAGCUCAUGAAGCUUGAAACAGCGACGGCUGAAAAACUUCGUGACGGAGAGCAUCACGUGAGAUUAACUGAACAAAGGAAUGAAGAAAAAUUAAAGCUUCAAGCUCAGCUUUUUUCGGAACGUGUGAUGUCAAAAGAGCGCGAAUUAAACAAUGAACACAAUUUUAUACUAUCAAAGAAUCAGAAAGAGAUUCGCGCGCUUAACGAAAAGAUAGAGGAGUUAAAAAGAGAAGAUGCACAAACAAAAAAUAAGCUUCAAGAUGCCAAAGCGGAAAUUUCACAUUUGGAAAAAAGUUUAACGGAAAAAAUAAACGAGCUUGCAGAAGAGCGAAAUAAGUAUUUAAGGCUAGAAGAGAAGCUCGAGACAUACCGUUCUUUCAAACAUAAGAUAACAGGAAUGGAAAAAGAGCUUAAUGCUGCAAACGAGAAAAAAACGCAGCAAAGCAAUAGGAUCUUUGAACUUGAAAGUAUUAACAAGGGAUUACGUGAUCGAAUUGACGAGUAUGUUGCAAAGAUUGAACGGCUAUCAAACCGUUCUUCAAAAAGUGAAAAUAGUUUGUCAAGAAGCGGUUCUCUCUUGUCAAAUUAUGUAAAACCAUUGGUUCGAAGAAGUGGUAGUGAAACUUAUGAAGACGGGUUUGAUACCACCGCCAAUGCAAAAAAUGAAAUUGACGAGCUUCAAAAUAUAAUUGCUUCACAAGAAUCAGUUAUUACAAGUUUGAAGAGAGAGUUAGAAACCGUCAAUAAGCAUUAUGAAGAAAUGAGGUCUUUAUCAAGUGAUCGAUCAUCCGUUGAUCGCAUCGCUGAUAAAUGCGCGACUCAGUUGUCUAACAUGGAGCGAAUUAUGGUAACAGAACGCGAUGAGUUAUCAAUGACCUACUCUAAAGAAAAAAAAGAUCUAGUUGACUACUAUGAAAAAAAAUUGGACAUAUUGCGUCAACAGCUUUCUACAGAAAAAAAUAAAGAAGGUUCCGAUCUAAUAAAGGGAGCUAUAGAUUGCGCGUCUGAAUUCUCUGAUCGCGAACAAUCUUUUCAGAAAGAGUAUAGAAAACUUGUGAAUACAUUCCGCGAAGAAAAAGAAGAGUUGGAAAUGAAUUAUCGCUCAAAAAUCACAAAGUUAGAAGAAAAGGUUGUUAUCCUUGAGACUGAAAAUGCUGAAAUGGAGUUGAAGUUUCUUAAUGAGAAGGCCGAGCUUGAACAAAAGUUUCGCAUAGAACGCGCCGAGUUGCAAAUGAAUGCAACUAGUACCAGUCGCGAGUACGAUCGUUCCCAAAAGUAUAUUGACUUCUUAAAAGACGAUCUCAACAAGAAAAACGCAUUUGAAUUAAAAGAAACAGAGAGGCGUUUAAAAAAAGAAAAAAACGAUCUUAUUGAAAAGAUGGAAAACGAAAUCUUAGAGUUAAAUAAAAAGCAUCAACGAGAAAUUAGUGACUUAAGAAAAACUUUUAAUCAAAAACUGACGGAUACUGAAAAAUCUUUUGGCAAUGAACGCGCGUGUAUAAAAGAGUCGUUUGCACGCGAAAAAACAGAAAUGGAACAAAAGUUUGUGAGAGAGAAAAAUGAAUUACGUGACAUGCUUAAACAGGAAUAUGACCACGCACUAGCUUUGCAAAAUGCAAAUGAACGCAGAAUAUCUGUCGAAGAGCGGACACAAAUAGAAGAACAGCUAAACAACGAAAAGUUUGAGCUUUUGAAAGCAUUACAGCAUGAGAAAUCAAAUGCAGAGGCCCAAAUUAGACAGCUUAGAACAAGCUUAGAAUCAAAGUUUGCUGAAGAAAAAUCACGCAUGAAUGAAGAUUUUCAGAAAGAGUUAGCGCGUUUAGACAAUCGCAAUAAACGAGAAAUUUCCGAUCUUCAGCAAGCAUUUACUGGUGGAGAAGUUGGAAUAAAAGAAAAAAUGAAAGAUGAAUUUAGCCAAAUGAUUACCAAAUACAAAACGGAAUGGGAACUUUCUUAUCAACGCGAAAAGGAAGAGCUAAUUAAGAGUUUUUCGCGCGAAAAAUCUGAAUUAGAAGCAAAUUGGACAUUUGAAAAGUUGCGCUUAGAAGAAAGUUUUGCCAGUGAAAAAACAGAAAUGAUGAAUAUGCAUCAAAUAGAAAAAGAUGAACUAUUAAAGAAGUUUUAUCGUCAAAAACAAAACAUGGAAAUCGAGUUUAAAGAAAGAUACGAUAAACUGAGUGAAGAUAUUGAUAAUGAGAUUUUGUCGCGAAUUGACCGCGAAACUAAAUUUUCACAAAUGACAAUUGAGCAUUUAAAAAAAGAGCUAUCGACUUUAAAAGAGCAAAAAAAGGAGCUGGAAACUAAAAAUCAAGUUCUUGAAUUAAAAAGUCUUUCUCAGCAGCAAGAAGCUGCCGAAAUAAAAGUGUUUCAAGAGCAGAAAAGUUCAAUAAAUGAAAAAAUAUCAAACUACAUCGAUGAAAUUGAAGCGCUAAAAAAAGAGCGCGAGAGUUCGCAAAAAAAUUUGCGCGAGUUAGCUCGAGAAAAAACUCUUAUUCUCGAUAACAGUGUUCAAGAAAUUACAGAACAGCAAGAAAAAAUUGCUCGACUACAGAAUGAAAAGGAAAAAAUGCAAGAAAAAAUUGAACAAUUGUUAAUUAUUGAAAAUCAGGCAGAGGAAUUGAAAAAAAAAAAUUCUCGAUUAGGAAAAGAAAUUAGUGAGAAAGACAAGUGCAUCGAAUCGCUAAAAGAGGUCGAAAACGAAAGCAACAUGUUGAAAAAGACCUUGACUAAUCUUGAUUCAAAGAUUCGAGAACUCGAAUACAUUAUUCAAGAAAAACACAUCAAGAUAUCACGACUUGAGGAAGAGAUCGCUCAUUUACAAGAUAAAAUUAUUCAUAUGGAAAGCGUACACGGCAAAGAACUUAGCGCACAAAAAGAAAGGAUGGAAAUGCUAAGUACGGCGGCAGCGACAGAAAAAUCACGAUAUUUCAGGGAGUUAAAUGACCUUAGAGAUCAGUUAUCUGUUGCAAGUGCGUCCAGUGAUCGAGAUAGUGCUUUAAAAGAUAAAGUUUUUCAUGACGCAAAAGCAGAGGUUAUAAAUCUCAACAAAAAGAUAGAAGAGAAAACACGGCGAAAUCGUUAUUUAGAAGAGGCUCUGAAAGCUGCAGAAGACAAACUGGUCGAGACAACUAAACAAAAAAACGAAUUCGAUUGUGAGCUGAGACAACUCAGGCAAAUGAUGAACGAAAGUGGUAAAGGAUCAGAAGAGAAGAGGGCUAUAGAAACUAAGUCAUUGCGUUCAGAUACGUUGGUCAAUGAACUUUAUUUGGAAAACGCUGAGCUUAUGAAACAGCUCGCUAACGCUGAAAGUAAUCAAUACAAAGCUGAAAAAGAAGCUAGACAAUUAAGCGAUCAAAAACGUGCAUUGCAGCGAGUUAUUUCAAAGUUAUGUGGCGCUAACGGAAUAUCCAACCUUACUUAAAAUUUGUUUGUAUGCAGCAAAAAAGAAAGGCUUGUUAGUUUUUUUUAGAUCUUCUAGCAGUACCAUUUUGCAGCUUUACAUUUCAUCGAAAUUUGCGUCAUAAGGCCAACAAAUUGACUUUCCGAUAUCUUUUAUGAAAAAUGCAAUUUGCAGGUGGCUACGAUUUCUCAUAAAUAUGUAUGAUAACGAUAUCUAGAAAAGAUUUUUAUGAUAAAUUACACUGAGGACGUGUAAUGCAAAUCUGUAGAAAAGUUAUACGAUAAAGAUGUGAUGAAAAUAUGGUAAAAUAUGGUCGUUUCAUAAUAAAAAGUUAUUAAAAAUACCUAUGAUAUGAUUAAAAGUUUAUAAAUAUUCAUUAUAAACAAUUGUCGAAAAGAUGUAGGAUAAAGAUUUGCCAAAAAGGAACUUAAAAAUUUCUUUUAGAAAU